UCCUGGUUAGUAUGCUUCCGUAUAACUUGUUUCGGAUGUGCAAGACGGCUACAGAGUGAUUGUAGUGUUCCUGACUGUUUGCCGGUAUCAAUUGAAGACCGAAAUCAUCCAGGAAGACAGAGAAAUGGCGCAGUGUGCAGAGCCUGGCGCCGUUAACGGAGCAAAACCAAGAAAAGUAGCUAUCAUCACGGGCAUCACUGGUCAGGAUGGCUCUUACUUGGCAGAGUUUCUUCUGGAAAAGGGCUAUGAGGUCCAUGGUAUUCUGCGCAGGUCUAGUUCUUUCAACACCGGCCGCAUCGAGCACCUUUACAAAGAUCGCUGCACACACACAGAAGGAAACACGAAAUUCCAGCACAGACCCUCAUCACAUGCAAACAAUAUGAAAUUGCACUAUGGGGAUCUGACAGACAGCACAUGUUUGGUGAAGAUCAUAAACGAGGUGAAACCCUCGGAGAUCUACAACCUUGGAGCCCAAAGCCACGUCAAGAUCUCCUUUGACCUGGCGGAAUACACAGCUGAUGUGGACGGUGUGGGGACUCUGCGCCUGCUGGACGCAGUGAAGACAUGUGGCCUCACAAAAUCAGUGCGCUUCUACCAGGCCUCCACCAGUGAGCUCUACGGCAAAGUGCAGGAGAUCCCCCAGAAAGAGACCACGCCGUUCUACCCCAGAUCACCUUAUGGUGCUGCGAAGCUCUACGCAUACUGGAUAGUGGUGAACUUCAGAGAGGCUUAUGACCUCUUCUCUGUUAAUGGAAUCCUCUUUAACCAUGAGAGCCCCCGAAGAGGAGCAAAUUUUGUGACACGUAAAAUCAGCCGAGCAGUGGCCAAGAUUCACCUGGGUUUGGCAGAAAACCUCAGCCUGGGCAACCUGGACUCCAAGAGAGACUGGGGUCACGCCAAAGACUACGUAGAGGCAAUGUGGCUGAUGCUUCAACAGAAGGAACCGGAGGACUUUGUCAUAGCAACUGGAGAGGUGCACAGCGUACGAGAGUUUGUCGAGCAAUCCUUUAAACAUGUGGGCAAAACUAUCCAAUGGGAGGGAAAGGCUGAGGAGGAGAUUGGGCGCUGUGCAGAGACCGGGGUGGUGCAUAUCAAAGUCGACCCCAAGUACUACAGACCGUGUGAAGUGGACUACCUGCAAGGGGACAGCUCAAAGGCUGAGAGGAUAUUGGGUUGGAAACCAAAGGUGCCCUUUGAGGAACUCGUGAAAGAGAUGGUGGAGGCUGACAUCGAGCUGAUGAAAAAGAACCCGAAUGCCUGAGAAACACACACACACACACACACACACACACGCAUCAUCCGUCUCAAACUACACUCAUACGUUUUACUUCCUUAAAAAAAACACUCCUUAUGUCUUGUAGACAGACUGAUCAUGGCAUGUCUUGUCUUUUUCUGUAAUUGCUUUGCCUUUGCACAUGCACAUGCACUCCUUUGGGUCAUAUGUACAACCCUGCAUGACAUGUACAUUAUUAUCGCACAUUCCUCUCCUCUCUCUUGCCUUCCUUUUAUGUUUUUUUUAUGUUUUCUAAAGCCAAAAGAAAGGAAUUAGUUGCUUUUUAUUAUUUAAAAAAAAAGUCUAUUUUGAAUUGUAUUGUACCCGAGAUGAAGGUGUUCCAAACUAAUGAAGUUGCUGUAUUAUAAAGCUACAGAGAUUUAUUUCUUACGGUGUAAUCAUGUAAAGAGGUUUUUUUUACAUUAAAUUCUAGAAGGUUUUAAA